UUUGACGACUUCAAUGCCUAGGGUGUGGUGUGGGUUGGGAUCAAAUUAAAAAGAAUUCCAAGGGUUUAAGAACGAAAAAGUGAUGGUGAAGAAGUUUCUGCUGCUGCUCUAGUCAUAUCUCCAUCCACCCCUCCAACCUGCGAUGGUUUCCUUAUCGACUUGGUUCCGAUACAUAGCCCACAAACUCGAGUACUCUGUCUCUCUCAGCUGGAAGAACUAUAAACGAGGUCAAGUCACUGACAGAGAAGUAGUUGAUGCCAUAUGGAAAAAUUUAUUUCAGGGAAAGUUGACAUACUUGCAUUGGAACAAAGGAGAGGAGAUGGCCCCAACAAUAGUAGGGCAGGGGGGAACUCUUCUUGUGCGGAAAUUACCAUCAACUGAUCCAACGCGUGUUUUUGUUGGAGAUGUUGUGGUUGUGAAGGACCCUGUAAACACCGAUAACUAUCUCGUCCGAAGAUUGGCUGCUAUUGAAGGGUAUGAAAUGGUGUCUACUGAUGAAAAAGAUGAGCCAUUUGUUCUUGAAAAGGAUCAGUGCUGGGUGUUGUCCGACAAUGAAAAUUUGAAGCCCAAGGAAGCCAAAGACAGCCGAAUAUUUGGCCCCGUACCCAUGACAGACAUAGUUGGUAGAGUCAUAUAUUGCCUGAGAACGGCUGUAGAUCAUGGUCCUGUGCAGAACAGUCAUUUCAGCAUGCGAAAGGAUUCACCUGUGUUGGAAGUUGAACUAGAUGUUGAUGAGAUGGCAAAACGUGACAAAGCAUAGACGGUGCAGACUAAAGGAAAAGCUCCAACUUGGUCUGUAUGUACUUUUUAAGCCCAUUUUCUCAUCAGACCUCUUCUUUGUUUCAAGUACAAAGAAAAAAAAAUUUAAUAAAGAGUUUGGAAUCCUGUCAAUGUUCAUCUGCUAUGGGUCCGGUUUUCUUUGAUCAGUUAUGGUGGCUUGUUUGUUGGAUUUCUUUUGCCUCCCUCAUCCCCCUGGCCCUCCUCUUUUUCUCCUCUUCUAACCAAAGAAUAUAAUGCAGCCUUGUAUUGAAUUUUGAGUAUUAUCUGUAUUUAAUACUGUUUUUUCACAUGAUAUUUUCAUUUUAGCCUGAAAACUGGCAUUAGACAGCCUCAAAUGGCCACUGACUUCACA